AUGCUUGCCCCCGCCGCACGGACGGGACAGCGUCCGGUGCACGUGCCUUCAGCCGCGCCGGCGCCUCCACUCGCUGUGCGGAUUGAGCCGAGGGACCGUGACUUCAGCCUUGCCCUGCCCGCUGUCGCAGUGGUGGUGAACUGCCGGCGAGGUGGCCAUCUUCGCCGAAUCGCGCGUCGGGCGACGGUGGUGUCGCCCUUCAACGAAGCCGAGGCAAAGGAGAAGGAGGCCGAGAAGCCCAGGGAACCGGAGAAGAAAGAGAAGCCGAAGCUGUCGUUAACAUGGGACAAUGUCCAAGAGGUGUUGGACGAGCUUCGUCCCUACCUCAAGAGCGAUGGCGGAGAUUGCAAGAUCUCAGACAUCGAGGACUCGGUGGUGAAGCUAGAGCUGAUUGGGGCAUGCAGCAGCUGUUCGGCGUCUUCCGUGACAAUGAAGAUGGGAAUAGAGAAGACGCUUAAGGAGCGCAUCCCUGAGAUUUCGGAGGUUGUCGCCAUAGACCAAGAGCAGGAGCCCCUCACAGAGUCUGGGAUUGAGGAGGUCUUGAACGGCAUCCGACCUUUCCUGAGCGUCAGUGGUGGAUCCAUCGAAAUCUUCGAGCUCGUGGACGGCGAGGAUCCAAAGGUCGUCUUGAAGAUGGUCGGCCCGCCCUUAAAGAGCAUGGCAGUCCGCGUCGAAGUCCAGAACAGGAUCAAGCGCAAGUACCCCGCUGUCCAAAAUGUUGGCAUCGAUGAGGAUGAAGAUGAUGAAGAUGACGUCGACGCCGCCGCUACGGUUGACGACGACAUCGACAACCCCGACGACACCACCGACGUCCACUAUCCGCACAUGGAGACUGUGAGUAGCAGGUCCCCCUCGGCCCUCUGUGCAGUUUGCAACAAAGAGUUGCCGAAGUAUCGCUGCCCGGCCUGCGACAUCCGGAGCUGCUCAGCCGACUGUGUCAAGGAGCACAAGGUGCAGACGGGCUGCACGGGAAAGCGAGCUCGUACGAAGCACGUUGCGCCAUUGAACUCCUUCACAGACGAUGUCCUCCUUCGGGACUUCGGGCUUUUGGAGGAGGUGGAUGCGGCAGUCGAUCGGGCCAAUCGGGACCUCAGGAUCCGCGACGAGGAGCUACGACUCUACCAGCCCAAGCGACAUAAAAUGCGAAUCGAGCUGGCCAGGGCAUGCGCUGUGCCGGAGAGGCAGAUGAGGUUGAUCCUGGCUCCCUUCGCCAUGUCCCUGGCUCGGGAGAACACGUCUCGCGUCGUGGACCCCAGCGGGAAGGGCAAGCGGAAAGGGAAAGGCAAAGGGAAAGGAAAGAAAGGCUCCAAAAGCACGGCCUCCGAGUCAAAACCGGUCUACAUCUCUUGGCGAGUUGACUGGCAUUUUGGCGCUUGUGGGCAAGUGCUCACGGACCGGAGCACAGCAGAGCACGAGGUAGUAGGCCAAGUGCUGGAGCGUUUCCUCAAGAAUUCCUGGUCACGGGGGCCUACCCGACAUCUUCUCCUCCCGUAUGCGGAGCAAGGCCUCGAUGAGCUGCAGGUAUUUCUGCAGCAGCCCCUUCGCGCCAGAGCUGAGCGCGAGAGCUGGAAAUCCAGACGUGAGAUGUUGCUCGAGGAGGCGGAGGAGGAGAUGCACAGUGAGGAAGAGCCACCCGCAAAGAGGCAGAAUCCUGAGUUGAGCCCCCGUCUCCCUCUUCCUCCGCCUCCGCCUCCGCCACCGAAGCCCGGACUUCCCAGCGAGGAGUCGGAGGAGAGCGAGGAGUCCAGCGACGCACCCAGCGAGCAGUCCAAGGCGGAAGAGUCAGAGGCAGAGGACCACUUCGAACCCUUCGCCAGGCUCGACUUGUCGCGCACGCUGAGGGAGAACCUGAUGGACAAAGCAAUCGUGGAAUAUCCGGUUCUGCACGUGGCUCUUCCUCAGGAGGUCCAGCGCUUUCUGGCGGAGUGA